AUGGCCGCUCAUGGCUCUGUAAGUAGCCGUCUUUCUCAGAGUCUUACGGAGGAAGAUAUCCCCGGAGCAUCGCUUCAGGGAAGAAAUCCGACUGCUCUUAAAACAGAUGAACUUCGCUUUUGGUUAAAAUGUCGUGGCGAUCCAGCAAAGGGGUUAAAAACAAAGGCACAAUUGGCGAAAAGGUAAGUACAGUAUUUGUCAGUCGUUCGUGAUACUUUUUAGAAUUAAAAGAGACUUUGAUAUUGUAAAUGGAGAUCAAAAGAUUUAGGAGUUAUUUUUCUCGAUGAAAUGUUUCAAAAAUGUAAUGAUUAAUAGUUUUUCUACUUUUCAUUUUGAAGAGUUCUGGAAUAUGUUGCGUCUGGUCGUGAUAAAGAUGUUGUGGAUCCCGAUAAAAAUCUGAUAUACACGCGUCGAAAGGCGAGACAAGAACAACUCGCUCAAAGUGAUGCGAUGCCUGAGGAAAGUACUGUUAAAUUUCCAUCAGCCGGAUGGUCUACAAGUUUGCAACGAAUGCCAUUAUUCACAAGGGCAGAGAUGGAUUUACAUAUUUCUAAAUCUGGAAAAAACUUUGACAGAAAUAAACAGAACCAUGCUGUUCCAACAAGCAUGAAAAAGGCAAAAACAUUUCUUGAUGAUGAAUACCUGAAAGACUUAACUUGCGCAAGUGAUGACCAAUAUUUCUAUUUCAAAUGCUUGUGUUACCAUAGCUUUAAAAAAAAUGAGCCACCCCACAAAUUACAAGUUGCACUUUGUUUAGUGAGUGGAGUUGUUAAAUAUGCUUCGUGUACAUGUGUAGCAGGAUCUGUUGGUUUUUGCAAUCAUGUGCUUGCUGUUAUGAUGAAACUCUGUAAGUUCAGCUUGUAUUGUUGUCAAGAUAUUAAGGACUUGGAAAAUGAAUCUGAUAUGACACAAGUUAAGGCAUGCACUUCAAGUUUACAACUAUGGCACAGGCCUGUAAGAGGAGAUAAAAUCAAGCCCCAACCUGUCAUGGAACUUGAGGUCAAAAAGUCGAAUAUAGACACAGAGUAUAACCCUGAUAGUGGAGUAAGGUGCUUGUUGUAUGAAGCUAGGAAAAAUUUGGGUACACAAGCAUCUGAUGAAGCUUUGUUAAAAAACAAGCUUCAAGAGAUCAACCCUAAGUUUGCCUUGUCUCAAAUUAUGUCUACUGGUGGUACCAACUUACAGGAAACAAAAUUUGGAAAAUGUCCAAGUGGCUCAUAUGCAAGUUACCAGUUACAGUUCACAGAGUCUAAUUUUCAAGUUUUCUGUAAUAUUGACUCAGUGCCUAGAGUGGACUGUAAUGAUGAACAAAAUGCUAUUUCCGUAUAUCCUCCAUUCCCUUUGCAACAAUCUGAGCAGUAUGAAAAGCCAGAUGAUUUAAGCAGCAACCAGGAAGCACUCCUGGAUCAUUUGAUUGUUGAUGAGGCAAAGCUUAAUACCAUAGAGAAGAAAACAAGUGAACAAGCAGCCUCACAGGAAUGGCAGGCUGAAAGGAAAUUUCGGUAUACAGCAUCUAAUUUCCACACAAUUGUAAAAAGGCAAAGGAAUCAUAACACUCUAGUAAAUAAUCUGCUUCAUCCCAAACCAUUCACUGCCAAACAAACUGCACAUGGGAAAACCUAUGAGCCUGUAGCCUUAAAAGAAUAUGAAAAAUAUAUGUUUUCAACAAGGAACCCAGUUUCAGUGUUCAAAAGUGGCCUUGUUGUCAGUAUGGCCUCUCCCUUUUUAGCAGCAUCACCAGAUGGCAAGGUCAUUGACCGAGGCUGUAGCAAGCCUUUUGGGCUGGUAGAGGUUAAAUGUCCCUACUCUAAAUUUCAUGUGAGUCCUUUAGAAGCAUGUGCCGAUGAAACUUUUUAUGCAGAAAAUGUAAAUGGAAAGCCGAGGCUAAAAAGGGGGCACCAGUACUACUUUCAGAUACAGGGUCAACUAGGUAUUACAGGAGCAAGUUGGUGUGACUUUGUUAUCUAUACUAACAAAGGCAUGAGUAUAGAGAGGAUCACAUCUGAUCCUCAAUUCUGGGACGUAUUGAAUGAAGGCCUAAAGAAGAGCUAUUUUGAACAUUUCAUAGCACCAGCUUCUGUGGAGUUCAGUAACCAUUAG